CCUCGCAAUGCCAGAGGGAAUAGAGCCGUAUGGUGCGCUGUGCCUAUUGCCAGAGAAAAGGAGCUGAGGGUACUGUUUGAUGAGUGUGAAAGGAUGCUUCACUGAUUUUCAUAUUGAUUUUGGUGGCACUUCAGUGUGGUAUCACGUUUUCCGUGGGGGGAAGAUCUUCUGGCUGAUUCCGCCUACUCUGCAGAAUCUAGAACUUUAUGAAGAAUGGGUUCUCUCAGGAAAGCAAAGUGAUAUCUUUCUGGGAGACAGGGUGGAACGGUGCCAAAGAAUUGAGCUGAAACAAGGCUAUACGUUCUUCAUUCCUUCAGGGUGGAUACAUGCGGUUUAUACUCCAGUAGAUUCUCUGGUGUUUGGUGGAAAUAUCCUGCAUAGCUUUAAUGUUCCCAUGCAGCUUCGCAUCUAUGAAAUUGAGGACAGAACAAGGGUGCAUGCCAAAUUCCGUUAUCCUUUCUACUAUGAAAUGUGCUGGUAUGUUCUGGAGAGAUACGUGUCCUGUGUGACCCAGCGCUGCCACCUCAGCAAAGAGUACCAGAAAGAAUCAAUGUUAAUUGAUGCAAAGAGAAAACGCAGCACAGACAGCUACUCAUCAGAUUCGUGGUUAGACAUGGAUGAAGAAUCUUGUGAUGCCCAUAUCCAGGAGGAGAAGGAUGACAGCUUGGAUAAGAACUCCAAAUCCUUGGUGGAUGGUUCCUCCUCACCCAAUAGCACACACUCAGAAGGGAAGGAAGGUGCAGGAAGAAAACAAAAAGCUACAGUAAUGAGGUACCUAAAAAGAACUUUGUCCAAUGAGUCAGAUGACAGUGUGAAAUCGACGACCCCCACGGACUAUCCCAAAACACCAACGGGGUCUCCAGCUACAGAAGUUUCAACCAAAUGGACUCACCUCACAGAAUUUGAACUGAAGGGUUUGAAAGCCCUGGUGGAAAAGCUUGAAUCUCUCCCAGAGAACAAGAAGUGUGUUCCGGAAGGCAUCGAAGAUCCGCAGGCUCUCCUAGAGGACAUGAAGAACAUCCUGAAGGAACAUGCUGAUGAUGACCAAAAUCUUGCCAUUUCGGGUGUCCCUGUGGUCAGCUGGCCCAAGAAGUCCCCAAAGAACAGGGCAGUGGGACGGCCCAAAGGGAAGCUGGGCACUGCUUCUGCGGUGAAGCUCGCGGCUAACCGGACCACCGCCGGAGCGCGCCGGAGGAGGACGCGAUGCCGCAAGUGCGAGGCCUGCCUGCGGACAGAGUGCGGCGAGUGUCACUUCUGCAAGGACAUGAAGAAGUUUGGGGGACCUGGCAGGAUGAAGCAGUCCUGCAUUAUGAGGCAGUGUAUCGCACCGGUGUUGCCUCAUACUGCUGUGUGUCUGGUGUGUGGAGAAGCUGGGAAAGAGGACACGGUGGAAGAGGAGGAGAGCAAGUUUAAUCUCAUGCUAAUGGAAUGCUCCAUUUGUAAUGAAAUCAUACACCCAGGAUGCCUUAAGGUGAAGGAAUCGGAUGGUGUGGUGAACGAUGAGCUGCCGAACUGCUGGGAGUGUCCAAAGUGCAACCAUGCAGGGAAAACUGGAAAAGCGUACAAGCAAAAGCGGGGACCAGGAUUCAAAUACGCAUCAAACCUCCCGGGCUCGUUGCUGAAGGAGCAGAAGAUGAACAGAGACAACAAGGAGGUGACGGAUGCAGCCAAGAGGAAAGGGGAGUGUGAGGAGACCCCUCGCAGGAAAUCAGAGGAGCACUCCAAGAAGGCUCCGGUGGACCCGAUCCUGAGGAGGAAGUCGGACGAGGUGCAUCUCUGGAGGAAGAGGAAGUUUGAGAAGCCCCAGGAAUCCCCGAUGAGAAAGCGGCUAAAACUUGGAAAAGAAGACAAACUCUUCAGGAAGAAGAGGCGAUCGUGGAAGGCUCCGGAUGACCGAACUGCCAUGAUCAAACCCCUGCGGCGCCUCAAGCAGGAGCCAGAGGAUGAGCUGCCGGAAGCACCUCCCAGGUCCAAGGAUAGUGACCAGUCCCGGUCCAGUUCGCCCACUGCAGGGCCCAGCACGGAGGGGGCCGAGCCCAGGGACAAGAAGAAGUUCAAGAUGAGGAGGAAAAGGAGGCUUCCCAAUAAGGAACUGAGCAAGGAGCUCAGCAAGGAGCUUAACCAGGAGAUCCAAAAAACCGAGAACAGCCUUGCCAAUGAGAACCACCAACCCAUCAAAUCUGAACCCGAGAGCGAGAACGAGGAGCCGAAACGCGCCUUGAACAACAGCGAGAGACUCCAUAGGUUCAGCAAGGGGUUGAACGGGACACCCCGGGAGCUGAGGCACCAGCUCAUCCCCAGCCUGCGGAGCACCCCCAGGGGCAUCACCCGGCCCCCGCCUUCGCUCUCGCCUCCCAAAUGCAUCCAGAUGGAGCGGCACGUUAUCCGUCCGCCCCCCAUCAGCCCCCCUCCGGACUCGCUCCCCCUGGAUGAUGGGGCAGCCCAUGUGAUGCAGAGGGAAGUCUGGAUGGCUGUCUUUAGCUACCUCAGUCAUAGGGACUUGUGCAUCUGUAUGAGAGUUUGCAAGACCUGGAACAGAUGGUGCUGUGACAAAAGAUUAUGGACCAAAAUAGAUUUAAACCAUUGUAAAUCCAUCACUCCACUUAUGCUCAGUGGCAUUAUUAGGAGACAGCCUGUAACCCUUGAUCUUAGCUGGACAAAUAUAUCUAAAAAGCAGCUGAGUUGGCUCAUCAACAGACUGCCAGGUCUUCGAGACCUGCUGUUAUCAGGGUGCUCGUGGAUAGCAGUGUCAGCACUUUGUAGUUCCAGUUGUCCUUUACUCCGAACUCUGGAUGUGCAGUGGGCAGAAGGACUGAAAGACGCACAAAUGAGAGACCUCUUGUCACCACCCACAGACAACCGGCCAGGUCAGAUCGACAACCGGAGUAAGCUACGGAACAUCGUGGAGCUGCGCUUGGCUGGCCUGGAUAUCACUGACGCCUCCCUGCGCCUCAUCAUCAGGCACAUGCCCCUGCUCUCCAAACUCAACCUCAGUUACUGUAACCACGUGACGGAUCAGUCCAUCAACCUGCUGACCGCGGUCGGGACCACCACGCGGGAUUCCUUAACGGAGAUUAACUUAUCAGACUGCAAUAAGGUGACUGACCAGUGCCUGUCUUACUUCAAACGCUGUGGAAACAUCUGCCAGAUCGACCUGAGGUACUGCAAGCAAGUGACAAAGGAAGGCUGCGAGCAGUUCAUCGCAGAGAUGUCAGUAAGUGUUCAGUUUGGGCAAGUGGAAGAAAAACUCCUGCAAAAACUGAGUUAGUUAAAGGACACGUGUAAAUACUGGGGCUGGGGGGGACGGGACUGAACACACGUAGGGAUUUUAUUUUCAAUUGGGAACUUGGAAUAUUGGAAAAUACCGCGAUGGGAUUUACACCUCCUGUUGAGAACAACAUGAAACUACCCACGUUACGAAGUUCAACUUGUGCCACUGGUGAACUCGGUCUCCCCGGGGUGUCCUGCACUGGCUCUUAUGCAACUUCAUAAGGCGACUGUUACUGGUGAGAGUUGUUCACACCCGGAAGACGACCGAGCUCCAUGAAAUACUGUUAUUUAAAGUACCACAGCAUGUGCUUGGUAGUGUAAAUUUGAUUUCUGCUUUUCAUUUCUUAAAACAACCACCACAAAAAAGAGAAGUUGGUGUCAUGACAGCGGCCCACGCACUACAGCUCUCUGCCUUCUCCCCCACGUUUUGUUUUGUUACAUCUUACAUUAUGCAGAACUAUUUUUGUACAAAAAUUGUUUAAAAAUUAUUUAUGCAAUGUUUGAAUGCAUUACCAGUGUUUCGGUUUUGAUUGCCAAUUUUUAUCUUUACUUAUGGUAGGCGAGAACUUAACCUAUACUUCGUAGACAGUAUCUAUCUACAGCCGUGCCCAAGUCAGGAAAAAGUAGGUUCAUACUUUCAACCUUCAAGCAUGUUUUAAUGGAAGUUUAUAUCCUGCUUUGUAUACUUCAGAAGUGACAUAAGCAUGUUGUGGAAAUAAGGUGUAAAUUAUAGUUGAAGUAAAAAAAAAAACCACUUUUAUCUGUAUAGAAAUCACCUUUUUUCUCAAAAUUUUAAAGGAUUCCAAUUUCAGCUUUUGCACAUAGGAGGGUUUCACUCUGUAGCAUGAGCUCUUGUACUCAAUAUGGAAUUAAUUUAUACAGUGAGUCCAGCGGUAGAAUAAAUGGUCAAACGUAGUCUCUCUUUCUUUGAAGUGUGAGUUGAGUUCUCAUUUAAGGUUUAUAACAUGGUUAUUUCCUGAUUGUAAACUUCUGCAUUCAUAAGUGCCAUUGUUGUACGGUGUUGUUUUCGUAGACCUUCCUGAUGCAGUUUUACCUUUGUUGAAUUUGUAUAAACAAUUGUACAAAAACA